AUGUUUAUUCGGAAAAAAAUUUGGCCACGUACCUUAAGUGAUUUUUUGUCAAUGACUUUUAUAUUAACAAUUGUGCCAAUAUUGUAUUGGUUUGAAUUAUGGGUGGUUUUACCGGCGAUACAUGAAUAUGGAUCACUGUUGUACAUAAUAAAUUUCCUUUUUGGAAAUUUUAUCAUGGUAAACAUAAUCGGAAAUUUUACGUACAUCAUUCUGUGUGAUACUAGCACCAGAAGAGAUAUUAUGUCAAUAAGUGCUGCAAAUACUAAAAAUGGUUGGAGAUUAUGUGCUUCAUGUGAAACUCUUGCACCACCACGUUCGUGGCAUUGUCCUAUAUGUAACAUUUGUAUUUUAAAGAGAGAUCAUCAUUGUAUUUUUACUGGAUGUUGUAUUGGUCAUUAUAAUCAUCGAUACUUUAUCAUGUUUCUUCUGUAUUUAUUUGUAGCAACAACAUAUGGUUUUUGUUAUAACAAUAUGUUUCUCUGGAGUAGAAUACAUUUUGAAUUUCCUAUGUCAAUUAUUAAAAUUAUCUUCCCUUUGGCAGUAUUUAUUUUUGGUUUUGAUGGUUCUAUAAAUCAAUUUUAUCUACUUUUAUAUAUUGUGUCUGCAGUAGGAAUGUUGUACACUGCAGUUUUGUGCAUUUAUCAUUUUUAUUUAGUAUUUAAUGGUAAUGUAGCUAAUGAAAAUAAUAAAAAUAUUUGUAUAUAUAAUCUAGGUUGGAAACAAAAUAUAAAAGAAGUAUUAGGUGAAAGAUGGUAUCUUGCAUGGCUACUUCCUUAUAUAAAUUCUCAAUUACCACAUAACGGUGUAAUAUGGGAUACAUUGAGCUCAUGGCAAUAUACAUAUUCUAAAAGUAAAUAA